AUGGCUCCCAACAUCACCGUUGCCAAUUUGGCUGACCAAUUUCAGGAAUUCAAGGCGAAAAUUUCUACAGAUGUCACCAAUUUGGAAACUCAGUUCACCAAAUUGAUGGCUGAUCAAAAGACUCAAAUUUCGUCCAUGUCCACAGAUAUUGCCAAAUUACAAGCUUCCGUGACGCUGCUCGUCAACCACCUCCCAACCGUGACUCCUAAACCAUCCUCCACAUCUGCUGUUCUCUCUCGUUCAUGCACACCUUCUCUCCAGGCUGGUCUCCUUCCCAAUCCGUCUAAGGAUUCCAAGUUCCACGGCCACUUGGGCCUUCCAUCAGCUUCUGCAGGAACAUCUAUGGUUCAAUCCGAACUAACUUUUUCCGCAGGAUCUGCACCUAAACCCCAUUAUACCCAACACACGGUGGCUUCUCCUCUAGUGGACGCCACUGUCCCGCCCCGACCACAUGAACAUCACGUCGUCCACCGAAACUUGGAUUUCGAGAUCGCCUGUCAUGCCAAGCCUACUGCCCCUGACUUUAAUGGUCGCGAGGAUCCUACUCUCUUUGUUGAUUAG